UGCAGCACUCACUGCGGUCACCGCUCGAGACAUUAUUACUCUUGUUCUCAACGUCAGAUGUACAAACUCAACUUCAUUGUCUUGGGCGAUGAUCCUCGCCGUGUAUUUGAGAUCAAGAUUGCACCGACAGAGAAUGUCAGCGCCCUCCAAAGGUUAUCAAGGACAUGAAGAAGCCACAUUUUGAUCAUGUUGACGCUGACGAUCUCGAGCUACGGCAGAUCAAGAUCAAUUUGAACGACCCACACUUACUCGACGCGAUCGGAAACCAAGGCGUGGAGUUGAAGCCAUUAACCGAACUGUCCGAAGUGUUCACGCAUGGAGUAGAGCGCGGAUGUAUUCAUGUCGUCGUACGACACAUUAAUCCCCUUGUUGCUUCUCAAGAAGGGCACAGGUACUGCGUCCCUCGAACCCAAAUAUCCAUCUCUAGGAUGUCAUUAUCCUCGGAGUUAUACCAAUUCAACCGGUCACAUUCAGGAAUUUUGUGUGAUGAGACUCCAGUCAUCGGGUAUCGACUUAUCUUCGGGGAAACCGUCGGCAAUGCGGCUGGGAGCAAGAUAUGUAUCGAGUUCGUCAGGCACUAUUCCCCUGAGGCCCAUGAAUUUUGUGCCAGGAGGGGGCACGCUCCCAAACUUAUCGCCUACAAUCCUUUACCUGGCGGCUGGAAUAUGGUGAUUAUGGAUGCCCUUGAUAUUGAUAAUGGUUGCUUCCCGCAACGGCCUGGCUCAUAUCGACUGCUCAGUGAGAUAGCUGUUUUGGACCGCCAGCCGCUGAAGGAGGCCAUCACCUCUCUCAUCCGGGAGUUACACGAUUACAAUGAACCGGCUACGUUCAUGGCGACCUUCGGGAUACCAAUUUCGUUGUGGGAGACAACAAACACUUCAUGCUGCUCGAUUUCGAUUGGGUUGGACCGAUCCAUAAGACCCAUUAUCCUAUGCAUGGUCCUGAUGGUGUGUCGGAUGGGGAGAAGAUUGUGGCGGAACAUGACUUGGAUAUCUAUUUCAUCCUGAGCAAGAUGGUCGGGAGCCGG